AUGAAGCUUGAACAAAUUUCUGCAUAUUGCAACAAAUACCCGCAGGAAGCAUCCAAUCUUUCACAAGUAUAUCUUGACUUAACCACAGUCAAAUCAUGGGCUGAAGUAAAAGUUGAAGACAUUGAAUCUUUACAAAGAUGUGUUUUGCUGGGGAGAACUUCAAAA